AUGACACCAGUCAAGAACUGGACAGAAGUGACACAAUUUCUCCUGCUGGGACUUACUGAUGACCCAAGACUGCAACUUCCCCUCUUCAUCAUUUUUCUCCUCAUCUACAUUUUCACCCUGGUAGGGAACCUGGGGUUGAUUCUGCUGAUUCUUUUGGACUCUCGGCUUCACACUCCCAUGUACUUUUUCCUUGGUAACUUGUCUCUGGUUGAUGUUUUUUACUCUUCAGCUAUCACACCAAAAGUCAUGGCUGGACUGCUAUUGGGUGACAAGAUCAUAUCCUACACUAACUGUGCUGUUCAGAUGUUUGUUUUUGCAGCCUUUGCUACUGUGGAAAAUUACCUGUUGGCCUCAAUGGCCUUUGAUCGCUAUGCAGCAGUAUGUAAACCUUUACACUAUGCUACCACCAUGACUCCAAGUGUAUGUAUGUGUCUGAUAAUGGGUUGCUAUGUCCUUGGGUUCUUGAGUGUCUCAGUUUACCUUGGAGAUACAUUCAGUCUCUCUUUCUGUAAGUCUAAUGUGGUCCAUCAUUUUUUCUGUGAUAUGCCAGCACUCAUGGCUCUCUCUUGCUCUGAUAGGCAUAUUAAUGAGCUAGUACUCAUAUAUCUAGCAAGCUUCACUCUCUUCUUUGCUCUCACAAUAAUAUUAGUAUCAUAUAUUAUAAUUUUUAUCACAAUCUUAAACAUGCACACAGGAUCAGGACUUCAGAAGGCUAUUUCUACCUGUGCUUCCCACUUUACUGCUGUUUUUAUUUUCUAUGGAACAACAAUCUUCAUGUAUUUGCAGCCAAGCUCUAGACAUGCAAUGGACAGUGACAAAAUUGUGUCUGUCUUCUACACCAUGGUCAUUCCCAUGCUAAACCCUUUAGUUUACAGCCUGAGAAACAAAGAAGUCAAGAGUGCAUUUAUAAAAUGGGUUCAGAAAGAAAAAUAA